GCAGAGGGGAGUAUCCAUUUACUAACUAUAUCGACACAAAAUUUGGUUGAAAUGGCCAAGAAAAGUUACGAUUAUCUAUUUAAACUGCUGCUGAUCGGUGAUUCUGGCGUUGGGAAAACUUGUAUAUUAUUUAGAUUCUCCGACGAUGCCUUUAACACGACGUUUAUUUCGACAAUCGGUAUAGAUUUCAAGAUCAAAACAAUUGAGCUAGAAGGGAAGAAGAUCAAACUUCAAAUAUGGGAUACUGCUGGUCAAGAGCGUUUUCAUACCAUAACAACGUCAUAUUACAGAGGUGCAAUGGGCAUUAUGCUAGUGUACGAUAUAACCCAGGACAAGUCCUUUGAGAAUAUCUCAAAGUGGUUAAGGAAUAUUGAGGAACAUGCUAAUGAAGAUGUAGAGAAAAUGAUCCUAGGAAACAAGUGUGAUAUGGGGGACAAAAGAGUUGUAUCAAAAGAUAGGGGAACCAAUAUUGCUCGAGAACAUGGUAUCCGUUUCUUAGAAACGAGUGCUAAAGACAAUGUGAAUAUUGAAGAUGCUUUUUACAUGCUUGCACAAGACAUUCUUAAAAAACAACUUCAAAAUAAAUCGUCAGCAAUGGAUAGUCAAAAUACUGUACCAAUCAAAUCUCAAAGCAAGGACUCUGGUGGCUGUUGCUAAAAUUUUCCAAAUGUGGAGGAAUUUUAGUGCCCAAUAUAUUUUGUAUUUUUCAACCUAUCAAAAUCUUCCCCCCCCCCCCUCAUUUUGUCUUUUCAAACCUCUGGUUUUAACACCAUAGGCUAGAUGUUUGCAUCUUGAAGGUUUUUAGUAUAAAUUUUGGUUGUGAGGACAUGAACUUGACAAGACAAACUGCUUCUGGGCUACAAUUCAAAUAUACAUAUUCCCUUAGGGUAUCCUUAGCAUUGGGGGAGGAGUCUUGUAAAAUUACAAAAUUGAGAAAACAGUCUUAGAUAAGAACAUUGUCUUCCUUGCCCACAAACCCCUAAUGUUUGUUGCAUGAUAUCUAGCAUUUUUCAUCAUGUUAAGCUAGUUUGAACAAACAUAAUGUCUUUAACACAUGGAUAUGUUUUUAUCUGACUAUCUUUGAGUGUAUAACUGACAUCAGCUCAUGUUGUAUUGCUGUAUUUAAAAUGUUUUUACUUAGCAUGUACGACGAAAAUAUUUCUUGGUGAUAAUCUUAGCCACUUGCAAUGAAUGUACCAUUAUGUAUGAUUUACAUUGGUUGCCAUGGUAUGCCUGAGAUUCACCACUAUUUAGAAACCAGACCAUUUGUUGUAAACUAUCACUAGCAAGCUUGUUUUGGAUACCUUUGAACUGACAGUGUUUUUUUGUCGAUUAAUUGAAUUGUAAUAAUAUAUCAUUAUUCGUUGUAAUUGAAGCAGAAUUUGGACUUUUAAUAUUAUGGUCCAAGUGUAUUAUGCUGGAACUUAGGUAAAUUAAAUACUGUAGCGGUAUAAUUUAGUGAACAAGUAUAUAAUUAUUGUAUUUUUCUACACAAUGUAUAUGUUAUUUUAGUGUUUGAUUAAUGAACAUAGCCUUCUUUUACAAUCAA